UGGCAACUGUAUUUCUCUUUUAUCUUCGCGCCAUCUGUCGGAAUGAAAUAAAUUUAAGUGGACAUGUGUAGUUAUUGAAUGUGUUAUGAUAUAUUUCAGAUAGAAAUGGAUUUCGAAAUUAUUUCAAAAAUAGGCAAAUUGUUAACUUUAUAUAUUAUACUUUCAUCGGUAAUUUGUACCAGUUGUAUUGCAAAUGAAGAUCAUGAUGGUCAUUUAACAUUUUAUUUAUAUCAUUCCAUGGAUUCAGUUCCAUCUUCAAAAUAUUUUUCUAGAGGUAUUAUAUCUGUAAAUUCUCAGAAACAAGGUGUAUUUCAGCAAGAUGGUGUACUAUCACUUGGCGAAAUUCAACAAUUGAAAGUAAGUGAACUUAUUAAUAUAGAAAUCUUUUGAACAGUAAAUCUUGAU